CUUUCUUUUACCUCACCCGACGCCUGUGAAAAGUUGAGAGAUUUUCCUUACGGUUUCUGUUCAAAUUUCAGGGUUUUGAUAUUUGACUCGUCUAGGAUUUGGAAUGUUAUACUUUUCUUUUGGAAGCAGGCUUCGUCAAUGAAAGGAGAAGUACAGCUAGAACCAUCAGGUGAGCGAAACCCUAGGGACUCUGAUCCUCUGCUUGAGAACCAGGUGGAUUCAUCCACAGGAAGUUCAAGCGAGAUAAAUAGUGAGGACAUUGAAGCUGGCUCUGUACCCUGUUGUCGCAUUUGUCUCGAGUGCGAUGGAGAACCAGAUGAUGAAUUGAUAUCUCCAUGCAUGUGCAAAGGCACCCAACAGUUUGUUCAUCGUUCAUGCCUUGAUCAUUGGCGUUCAGUGAAGGAAGGAUUUGCUUUCUCACAUUGCACAACUUGCAAGGCGCAAUACCAUCUUCAAGUUGCAUUAUUUGAAGACAACUCUUGGCGUAAGAUAAAGUUCAGACUUUUUGUGGCCAGAGAUGUUUUCCUUGUAUUUUUGGCUGUACAAACUGUCAUCGGUGCUAUGGGUGGAUUUGCAUACAUCAUGGACAAAGAUGGGGCUUUCAGGAAUUCGUUCAGUGAUGGUUGGGAUCGAAUAUUGUCAAGGCAUCCUAUACCAUUCUACUACUGUAUAGGGGUACUGGCCUUCUUUGUUUUGCUGGGGUUUUUUGGUCUCAUAUUGCAUUGCUCCUCCUUAAAUAGCAAUGAUCCUCAUAUGGCGGGCUGCCAGAACUGCUGCUAUGGAUGGGGCAUCUUGGAUUGUUUUCCAGCAUCUAUGGAAGCAUGCUUCGCACUUGUCAUAGUUUUUGUUGUCAUCUUUGCCAUUCUGGGAGUUGCCUAUGGUUUCCUUGCUGCCACCAUGGCCAUUCAAAGAAUUUGGCAGAGGCAUUACCACAUACUAACCAAAAGGGAGCUCACGAAGGAGUACAUUGUGGAGGAUCUCCGGGGCUGUUAUACGCCACCAAAACUGGAUCCAGAACAUGAAGAACGUCUGAAAAUGCUUAAACUUUUGUAGGACGGGAUGAUGAGAUGAAAUUGUUGUAUGUCUUAUUGAAUUGUUUUAAAGUCACGGAACUGAGAGUUAUAAUGUGUAUUUGCUCAGAAGUUGUGAAGAAUGAGAAAAGAUAAUUGCUGUUUUGAGUCGAUAAGCUAACUGAACAAAUGUUGCAAAAAGUGAAGAUAAAUAACAAUCUGUGCAGUCAUAUGUUCUCAUGUC